UCCCCCACACAACACACAGUGCUCCGGACGACACCGUUCUCUGCCACACUCCUCCGUCUGUUGCUCUUCUUCCGACGUCUCUUCCACUGCAUAGGGUUUCGUUUCCUUCAUCGGAUCUGAGUUUCCAUAACCAUAAACCUCAUCUCUUUGUCUUGUUUCUUUCUCUCUCAGAUCCACCUCUUUCUUCCUUUGGACUAUACUUUUUGAUCCGAUUCCGGCCGGGCAUUUUCAUUAUCAGAUGGGAAUGCCCGAACGAUGAGCAAACCCGGCCACCAAGACGAAGAAGAUAGCAACGACUGUUUCUACGAGUCUCUUGAUCGAUUACUUUCUUCAACUACUUGUUCUUCUUCUUCCUCAACAUCCGACAAUGAAGAGGAAGAAGAUGAUGAUGAUGCCAUAAUUCUAGGUGAUCCGAAUUGCAGCGAUGUUCAUGAUUAUGAUGCUUUGGCACGGUCCAUACCUAUCCCUAAAUUCCCAUUGGGGAUUGCUAACAAUUACGAGGUUUGGAUCUCACGACCGUCAUCGGUUGACGAACGUCGUAUGCGGUUGCUUCGACAGAUGGGACUCAGCCGUGACUCAUCUCUCUCCCGCCAUAAACCUUCUCUCUCUUCCUCAGCCACCGCCGUUGUAAAGUUCGGUAAGUAUGGGUGUGGUGGGGAUCACUUAGGCCAUCAGGCUGCUUCUUCUUCUUCAAUUUCUUCUAACCUUGGCAUUAUUCGACCAAAUUCUGCUGAUCAUGAACACCGUAAUUCUAGUUCUAAUUUGGAUUCCUGUCGAGAAAUUCUUUCUAUUCAUUCAUUUUCCUCCCCUGUUGCUGAUACCUUGCCGACGGCAGCUGUAAGUAACAACGUCGAUAAACUUGUUGCAGUUGAAUCUCGAAACCGCAGUGGGCCUGCUGUCAGUGCUAAUGCUGCUUCGCCUAAUAAACCUCCCACUGGGAAACUUAUUAGGCGGGGUGAAGAGAUUAUCAAGUGUGAUAAUUCUACGCAUUUGAACUUGGAUGUUAGUAACAACGAGGGUGAAGUAGCAGAGACGGGUUUGGAUUGUAAUAAGGUUGGCGAUGAUGCAGUGUGCACGAUUAAGAAUCUUGAUAAUGGGAAGGAGUUUGUGGUCGAUGAGGUGAGAGAGGAUGGUAUGUGGGGAAAGCUUAAGGAAGUUGGAACAGGGAGGCAUUUAACUAUGGAAGAAUUCGAAAUUUGCGUUGGGCAUUCACCUAUUGUUCAGGAGUUGAUGAGAAGACAGAAUGUGGAGGCUGGUAAUAAGGAUUCUCCUGACACGAACAGCGGUGUGAAUGGAUCUAAAUUGAAACAGAAAGGGGGCUGGUUGAAGAGUAUUAGGAAUGUAGCCAGUUCGGUUACAGGCCAUAAGGAGAGACGGAGCAGUGAUGAGAGAGAUACAUCCUCAGAGAAGGGUGGAAGAAGGUCCAGUUCUGCCACCGAUGAUAGUCAGGAUGUUUCGUUCCAUGGUCCAGAGAGAGUACGUGUUCGACAGUAUGGGAAAUCUUGUAAAGAUCUUACGGCUCUUUAUAAAAGCCAGGAGAUACAGGCUCACAAUGGAUCGAUCUGGACCAUUAAGUUCAGCUUGGAUGGAAAGUAUCUUGCAAGUGCUGGUGAGGACUGUCUCAUUCAUGUCUGGCAAGUUGUGUCCUCUGAUAGAAAAGGUGAUCUUUUAUUUGAUAAGCAGGAAGAUGGCAAUCUGAAUGUCUUAUUGUUGUCCAAUGGGUCGCCAGAAGCAGCCUUGGCAUCGCCAAAUAGCCAACGUGAGAAAAAGAGAAGAGGAAGGUUAUCCAUAAGCCGAAAAUCUACAAGCUUGGACCAUAUUGUCGUGCCAGAGACUAUGUUUGCACUGUCAGAAAAACCAGUUUGUUCUUUCAAAGGACAUCUGGAUGAUGUGCUUGACCUGUCCUGGUCCAAAUCUCAGGAUUUGCUCUCAUCUUCAAUGGACAAAACUGUGCGGUUGUGGCAGUUGUCUAGCAAGUCAUGUUUGAAGAUAUUUUCUCACAAUGACUACGUAACUUGCAUCCAGUUCAAUCCUGUUGAUGAUAGAUACUUCAUCAGUGGAUCUCUUGAUGCUAAAGUUCGUAUAUGGAGCAUUCCUGAUCGGCAAGUGGUUGAUUGGAAUGAUAUGCAUGAGAUGGUCACUGCUGCUUGCUAUACACCAGAUGGUCAGGCUGCACUAGUUGGUUCAUACAAGGGAAGCUGCUGUUUGUACAACACAACUGAAAAUAAAUUGCAGCAGAAAAGCCAGAUCAGCCUGCAGAACAAAAAGAAGUCUCGCCAUAAAAAGAUCACUGGUUUUCAGUUUGCACCAGGUACCACAUCAGAAGUGCUCAUUACAUCUGCAGAUUCACGAAUUCGUGUUGUUGAUGGUGUUGAUUUGGUUCACAAGUUCAAAGGAUUUCGUAGCACAAACCGGCAAAUCUCGGCCUCGGUCACAGCAAACGGGCGAUACGUGGUUUGUGCUAGCGAGGAUUCUCAAGUCUACGUCUGGAAACACGAAGGUGAUUCCCGACCUAGCAGAAACAAAGGCGUCAAGGUUACUCAGUCUUACGAACACUUCCACUGUCAAGAUGUAUCCGUCGCCAUCCCGUGGCCGGGUAUGACCGAAGACCCGUUUCCCGAAGAACCCAAUAGACAUAGCGGGGACCACUUGGAGGUGUCGGCAGCAAACCAUCCUCCAACACCAGAAGAAGAAACGAACGGCAGUAGCUUCCCACUAACAACUAGCAACAACAAUCCGUUUCACGGAAUCAUUUCUAGUGCAAGUAACGGUUACUUCUUUGAUCGAUUUUCCGCUACGUGGCCAGAAGAAAAACUCAUUCCACCCACCAAGAACCAGAGUCCACACACGAGUUCGGAUUUCAUGAAUGGAGUGGGCCCGAUUAAGUCAGCAUGGGGUAUGGUGAUCGUAACGGCUGGGCUUCAUGGGGAAAUUAGAACAUUUCAGAACUUCGGAUUGCCGGUUCGAAUAUAGGAGGUAGGUUGGUUUGUUAUUUGGGAAAUUUGUACAGAUGUUUUCCAUGAUUUGUAAUAUUUUAGCAGCAUAUAUGGGUGUGGCUUUGCCUGUUCAAAAAGGCAUUGCAGAAAAAGAAGUUAGACAAGGAAAAGAAGAACGGUUUUUUUUUUACUCUUUUGGUUUAGUAGUAGGGAAAAAGGGGUAGAGUUAGCAGGAUGACAAGAAAGCAAGAUUGGAAUUUAAAGAGUUUAUUUUUUUCGAUUCAAAUUAUCGUUCGGUUU